AUGGACGAACAAACAUCGAUUCUCAAAACUCAGCUCUACUCCGCCUGCGAAGAUGCGUGUAGAGACAAUCCCGAGAGAGUGUUCUCUCAGGAGGACCUGAUGGCCCUCGAGGUCGUCCCGCCUAAGGACGUAAAAAAGCUACUACAAAUUAUUCAAAUCCUAACGCGGGAGCGCCUUUUCGCUCCCGUCCACUUUCACAGUGGCCUAGCAUGGCGACUUCGCCCCGAGGCCGAAGCGGCCAAGUACAAGCAUCUCACCUCCGAGGACCAGGUCCUAGUCUACGAAAUUAUCGAUUCGGCAGGUGCCGAGGGAGCAUGGCAGCAGGACAUAAAGAAGCGCCUGAAUCUCCAAGACAAUGCCUUACGAAAGGCGCUCAAGGAGCUGGAGACUAAGCGCUUCAUCCAGCAGUUCACCACCGUGGAGAACAUGUCCAAGAAGAUGUGGAUCAAGUUUGGCAUGCAGCCCUCCGCCCGCGCGACAGGAGGUCCCUGGUACACGGAUCAAUAUCUCGACGAGGCCUUCAUAGACACGUUACAAGCGGUGGUGGUGCGCAUUAUAAAAGACAGGGGUAGCUAUCGAAGCACCGGGGAACGAAGCGCUCGAAGCGUAAGUCCUGUUCUACCGAAGAAAGGUGUUAUUAGGGGCGGUCAAUCGGAGGCUGCAAUGAAGAGUAAGAAACGCGCUGCAGACGCCAUGUCUAAAGACGAUAUUUCCCAACCCCCAGCUCCAGCAUCCAAGGCCCGCGGAACACUUCGACUUCCUCUGCCUGCUGGUUAUACGGGCUACCCCACGGCUGAGGAGAUCACGGCAGAAAUAGUAUCGAUGCAUAUAGCUAAAGGGCAGCCUCUAAAGACGGAACACGUCCAGGAGCUUAUCGAUAUCCUCAUCUGGGAGAAUAGGAUCGAGGAGGUCAAAACAGGCGACCGAGUCGGUUAUAGGGCCGUGCGUGUGUCUAAGCAACAUCCGGACAUGGUCAAACUAGACAGUGAAGAUUUUUGGGAGCCGAGAACCAAUGGUUUGACGACUGUACCCUGCGGAAAGUGCCCCGUCUUCGAACUAUGCGAAGAAGGUGGUCCUGUAUGGGCGGGAGGGUGCGAAUACUUUGACAAAUGGUUAUUGUAG